AUGAAUUUUCGGACUACGGCUUUAACCCUGAGGUUGAUGAAACAUUAAUUUUUUGCUAAUCUGGAUCUAAAGAUAGAAAUUCCCUUAGCUGAGUUUAUGAGAAAAUAAAUGACACUAACUGUUAAAAACACAUUAGCUGCUUCUAAAAAAAAUAAUUUCACGUAUUUGGAGAAAAAUAGUCAUCGAUAUAAAGACGAGGAUCUUAAUGUGAGGGACACAUUAGGCAACACACCAUUAUUUUAUGCAGUCUCAGCUUCUCACUAUGAAACUGUUGAGACUCUGCUAAGAUUAGGAGCUGAUGUGAAUUGCAAGAAUGAAUUUGGCAAUACCCCAUUGCACUAAGCAUUGAUUAUAGGCUAGAGCUAGUAGAUAAUAAAUUUACUGAUAAAUUUUAGAGCUGAUCUAAAAGCCCUAAAUAACUUCAAUCAAACGCCCGUAUUUUUUACAUCAAAAAGACUAGCAAAGGGUCUAGGACUUUAAAAAUUAACAGCUAGUAUAGUAUCAUACAGCGAGAUCUCUGAUAAUAAGUUCCAACUGGAUGACAAACUAAUGGCUAAAGUUCGUGAACUCAGAUAAAAGUAUAAUUAAAGAGUAAGUAAAAUGCCGAUCAACAUCUAGAAUCCUGAAAGCAAAAGAAGUAAUAAUUAUUAGUAAUUCUCAAGUAAUAAUCUAAAAGGUUUGAUACAUUUAGAUUUUAAAACUGGUAAAAAAUCAUAGCAAAAUUAGUAAUUCAAGAAAGCUCUCGAAACAUAGUAUACUUCACCAACAGCUUCAAUGUACAUAUCCCGCAAGAACUCGGUCAUCAGAUAAACAAUGAACAAAAAAAUAAUGUAUAAUGGACAGCAUUAAAAUAUCUUUAAUACUGAUACUAAAUAGCAAUCCCGAUUCCAUCAAAGAAAGCCAAGUCAGUAGUCGUAAAGCUCAGCGAAUUUAAGCCAAAACAUGAUCAAAAGGAAAAAUUAAAUGGAUUAAAAACCAUUCUUAUUUAGAAGAAAGUCAUCUAUUCUAAAUGAGUAUGAUGAUAGCUUUGUUCAGUAAUUACCAGGAUUUAGUGAUGAUACUCAUUACAAAGAAUCAUACAGGGGAUUAUACAAGCCUCAGAAAAGUUACUCAAUAGAUAAAAUUGAAGCUGUUAAUCAAAGUUAAUAAAUUGAUAAAUGA